AUGCCAGAGGCAGCAAAAAGCAUAGCGAAACAAUACAUGGAAAAUCAUAUAACCGCUAAUGAUUUCAAGAAAUAUGAAAACUUAGGGGCUAAAUUGAUCAAGGGAAUAAGAUCAAUGAAUAACCCCAAUAUGAAUUCUAGGAACUAAGAGACUAACGUGAACAGAUCUUUUAGCAUGAAAUCUUUGAGCAAUAAUCUUAGUUAAAAGAAAAUAGAAAAUUUUAAUAUUGCUGAAGAGGAACCUUAGCCGAAAAUGACUGCUAGAAUCAAGGAAAUAACCACUGAUCAUUUUGGAAGUCAUGAGAAAUUCAAUCCAAAAAAGACGUUUUAGUAGUAAAAUUCUACAAAUAGCUUAAGUAAUUCCACAAACUAUGUCAAUAUUGGAUCUAUCAAAGGCUUUUCAAAAAAUAUCAUAAUAAAUUCUCAAUCAACUAAUAACGCUCUGCUUAACUCAAGUAGCACAGGAUAAAUCACAAAGUUAUCACCCUUACCUUAGAAAUAUCAUUAGCAUCUACCAAAUAUCAUUAAGAAUAAAAUAAGUGAAGCUGCUUCUACCUCAUUUUAAUUCAAUUAGCCUCCAUCAGUGGCAGUGGGAGAGAAAAGCAAAAAAGAGAUUAAAAAUCUUGAACUUUUACAGAGUUAAAUGAGGUAGGAUGUUUCAUAUCUUAAUGAUUACAAGCAUUAAACUCAAUCUAAUUAGGCACUCAACUAGCCUAACAUAUUGACUACAGGUAACUAAGGAUAGGACCAAUUACUACAGGUAACUUUGGGUCUGAAAAAUAUUGGGAAAUCUUUAAUUCAUUUACCUUAGAACAUAGAAGAACUUAGCUAAAUGCUCAUUGCCUAUGAAAAUAUGAAUAAAAAUACUUAAAAUAAAGAAGAUCUAAGAUAUGAAAAAGAAGAAUAAUACUAUGAUAGCUACCUUAUGGAUAAUUUUUCUAAUAUAAAUACUGAAAUAGAUGGAAGUGAUAUUGGUUUUAAACUGCCAGGCAUUCAACUUAAGUAGCAUAUGAGAAGUUCAAUGCCAGAUAAGCUAACCAUGCUAAAUAACUAGAUAAUGUCUAAAUUUGGAGAAACAUUAAUGAAUGAUUAAGCUUUAUAACUAAAUUCAAAGGAAAUGACCUUAGACUCUUCUAAAAAAAGAUAAAAGAAAGUAGGAGAUUUAGAUUCAGGCAAGAGAGAUCUCACUCCUAAGAAAUUAGAAAAUUAAAAAAAAAAGCAGGAAAGAGAACAAGCAAAAUCAAUUGAAUUUCUGUUGGGACUGACAUCUAGCAAAUUAGGGCAUCACGGCCAUCGAAAUUCAUGGAUGAAUGAAGGAAGAUCUGCUGAUAGAUACAGGAUUAAUAAAGAUGAGGAUGACAUUAACACACUGGCUAUUUCUCCGAUCAAUAUUAAAACUCAAAAAUAGAUUCAAAAUAAAACUUUGAUUACUCAAAUUGUGUAAAGUAAUAGUAUCUCAAAUUUUGGCAAUCCAACUUCAAGAUAAGAUGCAGUUUUAUUAAUUAUCUGGUUUGAAAAGAUACUACUUCUUAUUUAGCAAGAAUAUUAAAAUUCAACUUAAGAUGAGGAAAGAAAAAAAUGGAAGUUAAAAAAGGAUUUAACUGAGAAAUUGGACAAAUAUAUCUAAAUCUAAGAUGAAUAAGUUAGAAAUCUUCAAUAUAAAAUCAAUGAGUUGUAAACUAACGAAUAAAGGCUUAAAGCUGACCUUGAAGAAUGUGUUACUAGAAUAUCCCAAUAGUCAAUAAUAAUGAAAAAAUUUAAGAGAAAAACUUAUAAUGCUCAAAAAGAUUAUGAGGUUGCUUAGAGGAAGCUUAAGUACUUAGAAUAAGAAAAAUAAGAUUUAAUUAAAAAGGUAUAAGAUUUAAGCGAUAAAUUAGGAGAAGAAUUUAGUGAGAUAGAUGAUACGGAUAGAAAGCGAUUAUAUUAAAAAAUUGAUGAAGAGGAUAAUCUAAUAGCUUAGAAGAACAACGACAUCAUCGAUGAGUUCUAUGACAUGGAUAGAAUUCCUGAUAAAUAAAUUAUAAAGGAAGAGGAUGUAGGGACAGAUCAAAGAGACUUUGAUGAAUACUUGAGAAAAAUAGGGGAAGAAAGAAGUAAGGUUGCAGAGAUAUAAACUGAUAGAAUAUUAAGGAAGCAUGCAAAGAUUGGAGUAGUUCCUGAAAAACUUGGAAUAUUGAGAGAUAAGGAAACAUAUAUAGAUGUGAGGAUGUUUUAAAACUAACCUAAAACCAGCAAUCAAAUUUAAUUCAGUGCAAAUGAUAUCAUAAGUCAAGUAUUUUCACAUCAUGAAUAGAAUCUUCAAGAAGAUGAAUCUGAAAUAAUGUUAUCAAAUUAGGAUAAUUCUGAAAAUGAGUCUGAUGAUCUCCUUGAUUUAGCAGACUAAAAUUCUAAUGAUGAUGCCUUUGGACUAGAUAAGAUAAAUGAACUUAAUUAGAGACCUGCAACAAGAUAAGAAAAAUUGAUGAAUGAAAAUCUAAACAUAAUGAGUGAAUUAGACUAAGCUGAAUUGAGAAAUUUACCAUAGUAUGGUACUUAGAAAGCAAAUGACAUUAUUGAUGGUUCUAUCCUUAAAUAAGAGAAAAAAGCUGCUGAUGUUUCACUCUAAAUAGAUAGUCCAGAGAAAAAACACAAUCAAAAGCAAAAGAAAAAGACUUAAACUUUGAUGUAAAUGUAUGCAGAACGAAUUAAAAAAAGACUUAAAGAUUUACUAAACUCUGAGGAAAUCUAAAGACUUGAACAGAAUCAUCCAUAAUUCACUCAAAAUCUGAAGAAUAACUUGAUUAAUACAAGUAAGGAGGUAAAACAAAUGGAUAAGGAAAUCACUCGGAAAGAUAAUCAAGUUAGGUAUUAACUGAAACAAAAUAAAAAUAAGGAAAAAGCUUUAAAAUCAAAUGAAAUUAGGCUAGACAUGCUUGAACUAGACAACUACAACUUCAGAGAACAAAUAAAUGAAAUAAUUAGAAAUUAUGAAGAAUAUGAAUCACUGAUUCAAGAAUUACUUAAACUACUACAAAGAGAUUCAAUGGGUAAGAUUACUAUAGAAGAAAUGAAAAACAGGCUUAAUGGAUUGAUUGAUAAGAUAAUUGCAGCUAAAAAUAAAGCCUCUCUUUCAAUUCUAGAUGAUGAAUUUUUAAAAUCUCAAGAAGAUGUUCUUUCUCUUGAUAACAAUAGCCCAGAUACUAGUAUGAUCCAGCAAUAAUAAAACAUAAACAAAGAUAUCGAGGUGAAAUAGUUAGAUUCAAACAAGAAUGCUGAUAAUUUCAGCUCAAUUAAGAACUUAGAUGGUAUAUUGCUAAUGUCUAGCUAGAAAAAUUUUAAGCAAAGUAGUGCAAACAUGAGUUUACCAUAAACUUCUUAAGAGUAAUAAUACUUCAAUUAAUCUAAAACUUCUAGGGCACGAAGAAAAAGAGCUAUAACGAGAUUUUAGUAAUUUAACUUUGGUAAAAAGAGAAAGGCCCCGAGUCGCAAACAUGCUUAGCAUCCUUCAAUGGCUUUAUUGAAAAAAAUGGUAGAUAAAAAGCCUGGUAAAAUUAAGGAUAUCAUGCCAAGAAAGAUGAUGUUAAGAGUUAUUUACUCAGUAUAUCAAGAAAGAGGAUAUCAAGCCAAUAACACAAAUGUCCAAGUGAUCAACAAUUAAACUGGAUAUAAUGAUAAGAACUCUACAUUAAACUUAUUUAAUCAAAAUAAUAAUGCUCAGACUAGUAAUCUUCUUGAAUGGAUUUAUGAUAGCUUUAUGCAGAAGUAUGGACUUAAAAAUGUUGCUGAAAAAAAGUUUAUUCAAUUGAUAGGAUCCUGCAUUUUACAAAAAGAAUCACAUCCUAGAAUAAGAUUAUUUGCGAGAUUCCUUGAGGUUUAUGAUGAACUCCCAGCUGCUGAGUAUAAUAGAUAUCUUGAGAUGGUGGAGCUGUUCAAUCAAUAAAUUUUGAAUUUCAAAAUCGAUGAGGAUGCUGAAAUCACUCUCUUACCUUUUAUAGAGGAGAUGAAGAUAAUGGUAGAUGAAUAGAAAAACAUAAGACAUUUGAAAGGUGUUAAAGAGGCUGUUGAUUUCGAUAGAUUUGCUGAAUAUGUAAUUGACACUUACAAUUUCAUAAGGGAGGAGAAAGAAAAUUAAAUCAGAGACAUCUAUCUUGCAGUAGAUGUAAAUAAUGAUGGCUAUAUGUCAUUGAGUGAAUUUACCAUGCUAAUGAAGACAGUCCACUUCAAAACAUCACAGGAAAUUAAGAGGCUGUUCAAUGAAUAUGGAUCUAUCGAUUAAGAUCCUUCAAACAUGGAAUUGAACCUUAUGAACCUUGAGCAGUUUACCUAGCUUUGCCUAGAUAAGGACUAUUUCAGUCCAAAGGUUCAGCAUUUGUUCUGCCAAUCAUCAGAGGACUUCAGAGAUCUCUUGAUGAAAAUGCCAGAUGUAAUAGAAAACUUCAAGAAUAGAUUGCUUGCUACAAAUUUGUAUAAUGACCCAGAAUGUGUGGAAUUACUUGAGAAUUUCUAGAAUUGCAUGAGAUAUCCAUUCUCUGAGAGAGUUGGAUGGUUGUGCUACAGGACAGUUGACGAAACCCUGAAACGACUUUAUUUGAAAAAGAGCUCUGAGAUGUUUAUGCCGGUUGAUAUUAGAGCAUUUGGGAUGAAACUCUAACCUGCAUCACAUCUCUUAAACUAAUUGCCCCUAUAUCUCUAUGAUACUCUUUGA